GACCCCCCCCCCCCCUCUAGCGCUGUCGCUGUGAAUCACAAGUUGACAAAACAUCCGCUACUUUGCCGAAUUGUUUGGAUGUUAUCAAGAGACACAAUGCCGUAUUUGUGCUGAAAUGAGUGUGUUUGGAGAUUUUAGGCGCGUUUGGGUGAAACGUUUUCCGAACAGUGACCUGCCAGCAGCUUGGGAAGAGGAUGUGAGGGCCAACCUAGCCAAACACAAACAAAAGGUCGCUGUCCUGCGGGAGGAGUUAGAGAAAGAAGAAUUUUAUGUAGAAUAUUUAGAAAGGCUUCUCCAAGAUGUAGCCGCAAGCAAGAAAGAAAAUGGGUCAGAACCGACACCCUCUAAAGUGCCAGAUGGUGACAAGAGUGGUAUCCCCAAUAACCAGGUGGGGUUAGGAUCGUCUGGUGGGGAUGAUGACAAUUCUGAUGAGUUUGACUCAAGAAUCAUCAAGUCUGGCAGUAAAGACUCUAUCGAUCAAUGCAUCACAGAAUUGUCUCGGGGUUUGUCUGAAAACGACAUCUCCUCCUCAUCUCAGGUUGUUCAAACAGCCAAUUGCCAUGAGCCACAUGAAGCUCUGGAACAAGAGGUGGCCCCCAUUCAAGAAGAAACUAGCUCUGGUAUUACUCCAGAUCCGUCCAACUAUAUAACUGUUAUUGAAGUGAACAGUGUUGAUGCCAAAGGAGUGAAAGAAAAAAGUAUCGCCAGUAAGGAAGCUCCACUUCCAAGAACUGCUGCACCUGUCAGGAAGGCCCCACCCAUCCCUCCUCCUAAACGGUUCACCAAAGGGAAAGAUGGAAAUGUGGAAAUUACCCCAAUUAGUUUGGCUGAGGCCAAGAAGCGUAGAGAGGAGGAAGAUGCUGCUGUCGCAGCUUUGAAUGAGGCAGUUGAAGCUGCUGAGGCUACUCAAAAGAGGAAUGAAGAGGGUACUGACAAAGAUCCAGAUUAUAAAGAUCCAAUAGAUAUGCUUGAAGAUGAAGAGGAAGAGGAGCCUUACUAUGAUUCAGUACCCUUAGAUGACACCGGAGGUCUUGUGUCUGAUGUUGAUGAUGCUGAGUUCACUGAAGAUAGUGAAGAUGCUAGGAGUGCGACUCUUCCAAGUCAUGCUUGGCUACAAAAUAAGGGAGCUUCACCAUCACCUGUGUUUACAUGCGAACCCGAAAGCCCUGGAAAAAACUCAAACUAUGUCAAUAUUGAUUACUUUAUUAUGCAAAGAACUGGAGGAGCAACUCGUAGCAGCUCUGUUGAAUCAGAAGAUGACAGUGAAGUACCACCUUUAAUGCGAACUAUAUCAAUGGACACAGAGCCUAAUGAUGAUUUACUAAGCACUGGGAGCUUUUCUGAGGCUAAUUAUGCCACAACAGGAAGCUCAUCUUCUUUAGAAUCAUCUUUGACCUCGACCACUGGUGACAAAGCUGAGGCAGAGCGUAUGACAAUGUAUCGCUGCAUAAUAUCAAGCAUAAUGGAAAGUGAAACUUUAUAUGUUGAGUGUCUAGCCGUUCUUGUUCAGUAUAUGAAAGCAAUGAAAGCAACUUUAGGAACAUCUCAACCAGUCAUUUCUGAACAGGAUCUAAAUACUGUAUUUUAUAAAAUUCCUGAUCUUCAUCGUUUGCAUCAAGCAUUCUUGGAAGGGCUACAGAAACGUUCUCUCAAUUGGGAUGGACGUCUUACCAUUGGUGACCACUUCAAAAUAAUGGCAAGCAAUAUUAAUGUGUAUGGAGCUUUCCUACAUAAUUAUUCUCGGGCUGUGGACACCGUUAGCCGGUGUUCAUCAAAUAGCACUCAGUUUAGUCAACUAACCAGGGAUAUACCUCUUCCAUCCCAGUCUGGUCAGAGUGUCUCCCUUGAAGAUCUACUACAUAAACCUGUGGCUAGAGUCCAGAAAAAUGCUCUUGUUUUACAUGAUCUUCUGAAGUAUACCCCAACCUCACACCCAGAUCACAAGACUUUAUCUGAGGCAUUAGAAAUGACUCAAAGCUUCCUGGAUGAAUUCAACAUGAUUAGAACAAAGGCUAUGUUUCCGGCUGCUGAUCGGGCUCAAAGAAGACUUGUUCGAAAUUCAUUUAUUGUAGAACUUGCUGAUGGGCAUAGGAAGUUAAGACAUCUCUUUCUAUUCAAUGAUGUUAUUGCUUGUGCUAAAUACAAGGCAUCUGGAAGAGAGAAAUUUACCUUUGAAUUGAAAUGGUACAUACCAUUGUCUGACAUUGUGAUAUUUGAAGAACCAGGGGUGGAACCAAGAGAAAGCUCUCCCCCUAACAUUGUUGCUUUGAAGAGUGCUGCAUCUACUGUGCGUGACCAAUUGCUUUGGGAGACAAGAGCCUCUGGUAUUGGUGCAGAAAGACAACGAAGAUCAUCCCGAUCUGAAAAGCAUCGCAAAAAGCUGGCUGAUUUAGAGGCGCAGUUGGUUUUGGCAUCUCCAAACCUCGUCUUUCGAGUAGGUAACCGUACGUCAAGAGUUUACACAUUCUUCCUUUCAUCUGAAUUUGAAAGGACUCAGUGGAUUGAAGCAGUACAUGCUUUACAGAGUUCUCAAUUGCCUGGACCAGCUGUGACUGUAUCAAUGCUUGAACUUCAAGCUUGGAUUACAGCCUGCCGUACUUAUCUUAAGACAAAUAUGGGCUCAUACCUCUUACGCUCUGGCAAAGAUGAAAGUUUAUUGGUGGGUGACCUCCAUUUAACAUUAAAGGAACUCACAGGACUUGAUCAAGCAGCUGAUCUUUACAUUUGUAUUGAGUUAGAUUCAUAUGGUCACUAUUUCCGCAAGGCAAAGACGAAAUUAGUCUGCAACACCUCUUCUCCUCGUUGGGAUGAGUCAUUUGUGAUUGAACUUGAAGGUGCCCAAAAUCUAAGGAUUUUGUUGUAUGAAGAAGCUGCUGAAAGACCAGUGCUCCGUGCUAAAUGCACUCAUAAACUGAGCCGGUCGUGGUUGUCAGAACAGAAACUUGUUGAACAAACAGUUGAGUUAAACAACUUAUAUCUCUCACUCUCAUUGCGAUUUGUCCCAAGUGAGGUUACCUUACGAAGGGUUCCUACUGCCAAAGCAGGAGCCUUGUUUGGAGCAAAAAUACAUCUAGUGUGCAAGAGACAGAAACGCCCUGUCCCAUUCAUCAUCACAAGUUGCAUACGUGAGGUUGAGCGACGAGGAAUGAAUGAAGUAGGAGUUUAUAGAGUGUCAGGCUCUGCAUCAGAUCUAUCACGUCUCAAAAAAUCUUUUGAAACUAACUCAUAUGAAGCUGAACAGUUAUUGAAGGAUGUUGAUAUUCAUUCAGCUACAGGAGUUCUUAAACUGUACUUGAGGGAGUUGCCAGAAGCCCUCUUUACUGAUGAACUUUAUCCCAAAUUUUUUCAAGCAUUCAAUGGUAGUCGAGAGGGUGAUGUUCGCAAUCAAGCCUUGGAACAGUGCUUCACUCUACUUCCUCCACUUAAUCAAGGCAUCAUUAAUUAUAUAAUCAGUCACCUCAUUCGUGUAAACCAACAUGAGGCUCAGAACAAGAUGUCACUGCACAACCUGGCUACUGUAUUUGGACCAACUCUCCUGCGACCUGGAACCAAAUCUGACAACAAUAAAUCAAGGGACCCGCUUGCUGCUGGAACCGUGGAUGUAAUGGCACAGGCUGGUAUACUAUAUCAUUUUCUACAACAAGCUUUGAAGUAAAAGCAGCUAAAUAGGCAACCUAUUUUUUGUGGGGUUCUGGGUUAUUUACCUUAAUUGAUCAAUUUCAACAACGAAAAUUGUGAUUAACCCUUUGUCAAUUUGGUAAUUGGUUAAGUAGAGUAUACUUAUUAUUUGCUCACUUCUGAAUGCAGGAUCAUCAAAAAGUUUACCCAAUGUUCCUCUCAAAUAUGAAUAUCAGUAUUCCUGUAAGACAUGUGUUAUACAUUCGUGUGUUUGGAGCGUUUCCAAAGACUGCUAAUUUGCAGAGUUUUACAGUAAAGACCUCUUUUCUUUACUUGUUGAUAUGUACUUUUGAACACACUAAAAGAAUGUGAUAAAUUUAAUUUCAAGGUCCAACUUAUUUAUAUCAUUGUACUGGAUUACGUAAUUCUCUACAGCAAAUUUGAAUUCAGAGGCAUGAUCAUUUUGCUUGAUUUCAUGUCUAAUUGGACCGACUCUGUAGACAUUGUCAUUUUUAUAUACUUCAGAUUUCUUUUCUCCACAGAUGAUCCUUAUCAUUUUUGUUGUUGUUGUUGCUGUUGUCAUCUUUUGAUGGCACACACAUCAAUACAUACUUACGUGUGUACCAAUUAUUCCCCGUUGUACAUUAAGAAUUAAUGUUUAUAAGAGAUAGGCCCCAUGGCUUGAUUUAAAGAUUUAUUAGUUUUCUAAGAAACAGGGAAGGGUGGGGUGGGUUGGAAACCUAUAGCAGGUAUAGGACUCUUUGGUGGGUGAAGUGAAGUGGGUGACCAAUUUAGUUACCGAGCAGUAGUCCAGUUCCUUCCAUGCUGGACUUGGUGGGCUGUGGACAGUAUGCAUCAUGUCGCCAAGGAAUUUUAGUCCCCCUUGUUUACAACCUUUUAUUGUAUUCUACAUCACACUUUCACAAAUCCCCUCUUAUAUAAGACUUUCUUGUGUUCCUCUUUUUAUAUUGUAUUUUUACACUUCUAUUUCUGGCAACUAUAUUUGAGAAUGCAUAGCAAGGUUUUUUGUCUGUUACUUUUGUAUCCAAUCUAUUGACUGAUCUUUAACACAUCACUUUCAUCUGUUAUGUUCAACUCUUACAAAGUUGGACCCAUAGAUUCCUUUCCGUUAUUUAUGUUAUUAAUUUGUAGUCCAUUGUUCCAUACCCCAUCUUGAGAACAUUAUUGUUACUCUAGUUUUAAAUCAUCUCUGUGUCAAUUUAGAUCAUCUAAAUAUAAUAUAGAAUCUUUUGAAUGCUCAAAAGUGUCCUGCGCUGAAAACAAAUCCGUAAAAUUAAGUACAUCUGCAUCUGAAAUUAUACUUCAUUUUUACUAAUAUUUAUUUCCCCUAUUUAAAUCAUUGAUUCUUGAAAAUGUAUGUUAACACUUGAAAGAAGAUUCCAUUUUUAUUUGUUGUUACCUGGUAUUGGUCUCAAAUAGUAUUAUUCAUUAUAGAAUCCAUUAUGUAGCUUUCGUCUGUCUUGGAGUCCUUUUUAAGCCCUUUUCAAUGGAAGUGCUUUAAGCAUUCCAAUUCAGAGUCAUAUGACUGGCAUAUUUAUUUUGCAGGACUUAUUUCAGUUUAUUAAGAAGUGUGCCAAAGUUGAGUUUUUAAUUACAUGCCUCCAUUUUUAAAUAAUAAAAUCCAUAGUUGAUAAGUUCAACUCACGGAAAUUUAUGAACAUUUUAUUGUUGAUGUAGAGUGUUCAUCAACAAUUUUCAUGAACAUCAUUUUUCAGGUGAAUGCUACACGCACAUUUGCUUUCACCUAGUGUUUAUCUUGACAAGACUUAUUGUUACCAAGUAAAAAUGACUGUGGUGACGCAUCAAUGCAAAGAAUUGUUUUUGGUUUUUUUACAAAGGCAAGAUUCUCUCCAUUUGAAAUAAUUAAAUUGUGAAUGGACCAUAUUUUAUUAAUAUCAUCAUCAAAUUGCUCAAGUGUGUCCUGCAGAAUUGGUUUUACAUGGGGUAACUUUCCUGACCAUUAGUGGAUUAUUAUUGUUAAUCUAUCAUUUAUAUGUAACAUAAGUGUUUCAUCUUUUAAAAAAAUUUAUUUUGCUUUCUUUUGUAUGUGUGAAUUCUUCCUUUGACGGAGUUAAACAUCUAAGGGCAUUGGUCGUGUUGAAACUCGACUAGUCAGUUCUUGCAGUGUUAUGAAGGAGGUUGAGCAUUACUAUUGGUGCAUAUUAGUUAUACCAGUCAAUAUUAUCAUCUAGUCAUAGAGAGCAGCUUAAAGCAAAAUGUUAUCUACAAAUAUUUGUUGUAGUGAUAUCAAUUUGAGAAGGAAUUUUAGAGUUAGCAGAAAUAUGCUUCUGAAUAACAUCUAAAAAAAGUUUAUCACUGUACUUGCCAGAGGCUCUUUGCUAUUCAAUAUUCAUACUGUUUGUACAGGUACAUAUUUGUUAUUAUCUUUCCUAUUUUGCAUUAUUUUCAUUCAUGUUUUGCCUUAUAUUUAUAAAACUUUACUGUGCUUGACAGUUUUAUUUUCAAACUUCAUACAUUAUGCAGAAAUGUAGUUUAGGCGAUAUAGAAUAAUAAAACUAGUACGUGCAGUUCA